UAAUAAUAAUAAUAAAAAAAUAUUUCUCAAACAAGUGAGAAGUGAAGCAGGUGUUGAGGAUCUGUUAAAUUUUCUCUACUGUUCAGAGAUCUGUUUCGUACGAACAACCCUCACCUCUUCUCUCCAUCAAUGCAACACUAAUCCAACCAAAGCAACAAACACACAUCAUUUUGCAAGCGAUAUGGAAUACAGGAAAAUCAAAGACGAGGAAGAUCAAAUUGGGGAUGGUGUUGUUGGAGACGCAGUAACUUCAAGAGGAGUUUCUCCAUCCAAGGUUACUAGUUUUCCGACUGGCUCAGUUGACCGGUUGCGCUGGAAGCGCAAGAUGGUUGUUACGCUUGCAUUAACGAUUCUUACAAGUUCACAAGCAAUACUUAUUGUUUGGUCUAAGCGAGCUGGCAAGUAUGAGUAUAGUGUUACUACAGCGAAUUUCAUGGUAGAAACUUUGAAAUGUGCAUUAUCACUCGCUGCGUUGGCAAGAACAUGGAAGAAGGAAGGCGUUACAGAAGAUAACAGGUUGAGUACAACAUUCGAUGAAGUUAAAGUUUACCCCAUUCCCGCAGCACUUUACCUUGUCAAGAAUUUGCUUCAGUAUUACAUUUUUGCUUAUGUCAAUGCCCCGGGCUAUCAGAUAUUGAAGAAUCUCAAUAUUAUUAGCACUGGUGUCUUAUAUCGAAUAAUACUUAAGAGAAAGUUAAGUGAGGUUCAGUGGGCUGGUUUCAUACUUUUAUGUGCUGGCUGUACCACAGCGCAACUAAACCCUACUUCAGACCAUGUUCUUGAAACACCUUUACAAGGUUGGAUGAUGGCCAUUGUAAUGGCACUUUUAAGUGGUUUUGCGGGAGUGUACACUGAGGCUAUAAUUAAAAAACGUCCUUCGAGGAACAUAAAUGUGCAGAACUUCUGGCUGUAUGUCUUUGGGAUGAUCUUUAAUGCUGUGGCUAUAGUAACUCAAGAUUUUGAUGCAGUUGUGAACAAGGGGUUCUUCUAUGGAUACUCAUUGAUCACAACUCUCAUGAUACUCAAUCACGCACUCAGUGGUAUUGCUGUAUCCAUGGUAAUGAAGUAUGCAGACAACAUUGUAAAGGUGUAUUCUACCUCAGUGGCAAUGCUUCUUACUGCAGUUGUCUCUGUGUUUCUGUUUGACUUUCACCUGUCCCUUGCAUUUUUCCUUGGCUCAACAGUUGUUUCUGUUUCAGUAUAUUUACAUUCUGUUGGGAAGAUGCAAAGAUAGGUACAUCGUCCUCUUACCAUUCCUCACAAUCAUAAUGUAAAGGCUUCUCUCAAGGCUUUCUACGUAUACUUAUUUUUUUAUUCGAAAGAUAAUCAUGAAAUCACCAAUAUAGAACAUUAGAUUAGAAGAAAAUUAGUGUGCUCUCAGAUCAAUAUCAUGGGAUUGUAAUUGUAGCUCUAUUCCACUCGAUUUUAUUUAUCUUUUUUGAUAGAACUUGCAUUGAUUUUAUUUAUGGCUUCUUGAUGAAUGGUCACUUGUAAAUUUAAACGCUGC